CGACUUUCUCACUCACCAACCACUUCAUGACGCUUUUCAGUUUCUAGGAUUCUGUACUGGAGAUGUGACACCCGCCAAAACAUAUGAUUCAUACGGAUCAGCUUUCCGAGGCUCUCGACACGGUCAAGACGAGCUCCUUCACUACUAUCAACACGCGUGACGCCUCCCCCACAGUCCUCCGGUCCUCGUUUCUCGCAAGGGAUCCUAUUGUAGGCACUCGCAUCAUUUGGUUACUCUCCCAUAUGCCGCUCUCGAGCCUGUAACAGGACCUCGUGAAUGCCGCAGCCGGAUUAUGGUGGGUAGCGCGUCCUUUAUAGGACGUACCAAGCGGGCGGGUGAACGAGGCUCGGAACUUAACCCUAAGAAGAUAUCUGGUUUUCAAGUUUUGCGCUCUUGUCGCCCAAGUCGUCUUUUAUGCCGGUGAAGUACCAGCUGUCAUCAUGCCCGCUGAAAAGUUGGAUGAUUGACUGGUGGCGCUACUGCCGACGGACAGGCGAGGAGGGCAGUCCAGUCACCGUUUGGUGCGCGAGAGGAUCGGUGCCAUGAGCCGUUUGGUAAGAGCCUCUGGUCUGAGGACGCUCGUCAGCCCUUUCCGCUGGAACCAGUACAUUGGUCAUGAGUAGACCGUCUAGUCGUUGCGAUUAGUUCUGGGUCUUGGAGAUGGAACUAGUCUGACCACUUGGUCAUACUGCUAGCUUGCCCAUAGCGCCUAAACAGCUGAGAAGUGGAGCUUCGAUUUGGCCUCCAAACAGCCAGUCAAUGAAUUUCAUUCCCGUCCCGAGUUUUCGCUUGCCGGAACCGCCAGCUAGGGUAAUUCCAUCUGGUGCAGCGGGCAACUCUUGGAAACACACAGAAAUUCGGCGACUGACAUAUCUUGCCAAUCGUAUAGUCCCCGGUCCUUCAAAGCUGUUCAUGGCAUGUCACGUUGCUGCACUACUCCAUAUCCUCCUAACCCGUUCGCACACUGGACCACACCACAGCGCUUGCUACCGGUGUGUGACGCUCCGCGUCUGGUCUGACCAAGCGCAUCAACCUCCAGCCAUGGGUCACAAUCCCUUGGUCAUGAUGGGCGCCAGCAAGCCUGUAAGGAUCAGAAGGUCUGAACAGGUCCCUCAGAUCCGCCGAAAGGUUGAACUGAGAUGAAAGAGUGGUUUUUAUGGAUGUCUUUUGUCCACCCGUCAAAGCCCUCCAUGCCUCUCACUGGAGAGAAAUUUGGAGAGGAAUCAAAAACUAGUCCUAGUUGGCAGCGCGAAUCAUACAGAAGGAGCUCUCUCGUCAGUGUCGGUGGGUUUUCAGACUGCGCUCUGCUAUGGCAACCUUUUGGUCGAGUUGUGUUUACGAAGGUAUUGGAUCAUUCAUGGAAUCGUCAGCUCACGAAACAGUCUUCACCUUUGCAAUGGCCGUUGUUGCAGGAGGAUACUUGCGGUUGGUGUUGGAAGCAUCACCGGGACCCAUCUCGAGUUGGAGUCAAAGUUUCGUACUUGUCUGGUGCUGUGAAAGGCCCUUCUGCCAAGUUGAAUUUCACGACUCUGGCCGCACUGUUGAGGCUGGGUUGGAUUGUUGGAUCUAGGACAGGCCUUGUUGGGUAGGGUAGUUCUGGCUGUUCUCUCGCCUGGAAAUGGUGUGGAGGACAGCCCCCCGCGGUGAGGGGAU